CCUCUUUCUCUCUUCUACCUUUUUAAGAAAAUUGUAUGCAACAACGUGGCAAGCCUGUAUUUAAGGAAAAGUUCGUUGAACUUAGUGAAACUAUUUUCAAGGGCGAAACCACUUUCACCAAUGAUCCUACGACUUUUUGGGAUACUUACUUUUUAUUACCUAUCAACACGAAAUGUAUAUUUGAAUUUAUCGAAACAACUUCAGAAGAGUCAUUACUAGGACGACGUAAUAACAUCAAUAGCAUCUUUUCUGCUUGUUUGGAAAGGAUGACAGCUUCCGAUAUUACAACAGCAGUAGAACAAACACGUCAAAUCAACGCCAUCAUCUUGCUUACUUGUCUUGUUCGAGCUCUCUUCAAGAAAAAACGUCUUUCACAAUUCAACAUUAUUGAUCUACUUACUGGUCUUGACAAGGCGGAUGCUUCUUUGGGAAAACUUAUUUCUGCUCUUGAUACUUUACUUCAUCAACAAGUCACCAAGUCUUAUAGUCUCUCUUUAGCUAUCACCUUAUCUGCUGGCAAUGACAAUGUGAAUCAAAACAGUUUCAACGGAUAUUUUAUGCAUCAUGAUCUAUCAACAACAUUAUUCUCGGUGAUUGCAGAUGACUUGUCCUCUGACGUUGAAGUUCGCAAUGCAACUAUGUUAUUGGCUAUGUUAUCCAACUACAACAAGUAUGAAACCCGAAAUCCAUAUCUUCAUGUAUUAUCUCAAUACAAGCAAGAAAGUGUCUUGGAAAAAUUGGCUACGAUAUAUACCGACAUCUUGAAUGACAUGACACGAAAAUAUCAGCUUCUUAAGGAUGAAGACGAAUCCAUCACAAAAAGCGUGGUGACCUAUAUGUCUAGUUGGUUCCCUGGAUCUUCGAAAACUCCCUUUAUUGACAUCGACAAUGCCCAUACCUUGAUAGAUUUCCCUCCAGCAGAUUCAGCCAUGCUUCUUUUACUUUAUGACUUGGUGAAUACGAAUCCCCGUUUUAUAUCAAUGAUAACACGAUCUAUCACCAAGAGCAACAACAAUACCAGUGGCAAUACUACGGCAGCAAUACAACCAUUCUCCAAGUUGUUAGUAAGCUUACUGACCUUUGCUUCUUACCUUUUCCAACACAACAGAAAUGAUCGAUCAUUUGUGUAUACCAAGUUGGUGAUGCUGAUCUUAUUGCGAUUCUGCGAAGAAACACGAUUAUUGACUGCCAUGGUGGGUCAGGAAACGGAACAGAUGGUUCGAUUAUGUCGUCAGCGACCUCCCCCACUACCAAAAGUCAAGAAACCAAGAUUUUUAUUAUGUGCUAUCAUAGAUGAUCUCGUUUUGUUCCUCAAACAUAACAUGCGAAAGAAAUUGGAUAUGGCGACUUAUAAGUUAUCAUUAUCGGUCAUGCAUAGAAUACUCUCUUUCUUGUACAAACGUCGUAUUCGUCUGGAUUACCAUUGGACGGAGCUUUGGUGUACGCUCACAACCGUAUUACAUUUUACAUCAGUACAUUUAGAUCAACUUAAACUUAAAUCUCAAGAAUUUAAUCCCUUUUUGGCAUCGCUACUUACUGUGUUUAAUAUGUGUGUAACUCAUGGUGAAGUAUUUUUACAUGAUACCAAAAGUUUCGAUUCUCUAUUCUAUGAGAUUAUCCGGUCCUCUGAUGAUUUUAUGGCAUUAUCUCAUUAUGUAACUGAAAGCAGCAUAGCCGGAAAAAAAGGACAAACAGCAAUGACAACAUCAUCCAGCGACCGCUCUCCUCCAUUGUCUUCCAAUAACUUUGCUAACAUCCGGACUAUCUGUAAUCACUUCAAACCUGCAUUAGAAGAAGGGCAAGUUGCUCAACAAAUCAAGUACCCCAGUCCUGAUCAAGUGAUGGCUUUAAUUCAAGAACACUUUGCGACAUUGACAUUAGCUCCCAUGGAUAAAUUAGAACAGUUUUCUCCUUACACUGAAAUACCAAAUGAAAUGGGUUACUUUAGAUAUUUACUUCGUAUGGUUGUGGGUGAUUAUUUAACCUGGACGAUGACUCCCUUUUUAUGAAUAAAAUUCAAUUUUUGUUCUUAUUAUUAGUA